AUGGAUGAUGAUGACCUUGGCCAAUGUGGUGGUGGUGGAUGGACCAUGGUCUUGAAAAUUGACGGCUCAAAGAAAACUUUUCACUACGACUCACCUUACUGGACUGACAAGAACACGUACGGCUUAAAAUCACCGGAAGGGGAGACAGGCUUAGACCACGAAGAGACCAAGCUACCAACCUACUGGAACACACCCUUUACCAAAAUCUGCCUGGGCAUGACGAUCCCUGGAGAGGAUACCAGGUUCCUUGCUCUAAACAUGAAGGCUAGUUCGCUGGAUGCCCUGAUUGUAGAUGGUAAAUGCCGCCCCACCACAGUAGGUCGUCACCAAUGGAAGACAUUGAUUGGUUACCACGCCUCCCUGCAGCCCAACUGCAACAGAGAAGGUUUUAAUGUUAUGAGUGAUAAUCCCCCCUUUUCUAAAGCAAGAAUUGGCGAUGUGUGUAAUCAAGAAAAUGAUUGCGUUACUGGCGACUCCAGGAUCGGGUUUGGUACAGGCGGCCACCAGAGGGACUUCGACUCCUGA